AUGGGUUUUACCACCGGCUUUACCGGCGGCGUAACCCUCACUCUCUCCCUAGCCUACCUAACAGUCCUCGCCCACCAACGCAACCGAUCCACGCAAUCCCUCCACCUACACCACCAAUCGCACGUCCUGAGUUCGCUCCUCGAAAAACAACCCAUCCCACCUCCCAAAUCCCGCUCGGAACUCGCGCGCGAAGAACGAAGCACGAUUCUGGAAGCGGCAAAGGAUAGAUGGAAUGCCGAGGUGGAAAAUGGAGUGCGCUGGGUUCAGCGAACGGACUGGGAAGAAGUGAGGUGGGGCAUUAAAGGGGUGGUUUCCAGAGCGCUAGGAUUGGGUUUGGAGAAGGGGAGAGAGGGUAUUGAGCGUGGGGAACAGGUUGCUGGGGAGACGUUGAGGGAUUUUAGAGAGGAGGCGAGGGAGGAGGGGAAGAGGGUUGCUACGGGGGCCGUGGCGGGUGCGGAGAGGACUGUUGCGGGGACGAAAAAUGCGGUGGAUGUUUCGCAGCAGAAAUUAAAGGAUGCUGAGGCUAGGAUCCCUUCGUAUCCCGACAUUGAACGGAAUGCAGGAGGAACCGUAGAUGCAGCACGUGGAUCCAUACGUUAUGCCGUAUCUCGAGGAAUCUCGGCCGGCAAAGAUAUCGCACAGAAAGCCGGAGCCGCAGUCGGAAUUGCAGAGCAGAAAAUUGAAGAAAAGAUAGCGCUCGUUUCGGGUAAAUCUGCAGAUUCGGAUUUGGAGAGAGCACUUAGGGAAAGAUUUGAGGGACGAUCGAGUCAGUUGGAUAAGAGUGUGGAGCAGGCAUUGGAGGAGAGAUAUACACCUAUUAAUCAGAAUGAUAAUGGGACUCUGAGGGGUAUAUGA